AUGCAAAAACAAUCCUUUUCGUCAGUCCUUUCACCGGAAGAUAAAAAUCGAGUGGAGAAUUUAUCCUCUCAAAUUUUAAAGACUUAUUCUCAUAAAUCAACAAAAACCACUCCUACGGUGGAAUCUCUUGAUGAAUUAAAAAAACAAUACAAAUCAUUACCGAGAUUAACAAAAAAACAAUUUGAAAAUCUUCCGAAAGAACAACGAGAACAGUAUAUUAAAAUGUUAGAGUCUAUUAUUUCUAAAUUAUCGGCAAUGAUUCUAUUUUCUACGCCAUCCCAAUCUCGAUCGAGUACAACCUUUGAUGAACAAUCCAUAAUUUUAAAUGACAUUGUCAAAGGAUUUAAUCACAUUGAUAAGGAUUUUUCUUUCAUUACUCUGCAAGCCAUGCAAAUGGCAAUUGAACGGAGGAGAGAAGAAGAAAAACAAGCCAUAGAGGAGCAGCGGAAAAUAUUGGCACAACAAGUACCAAUCACAGGUCUCAUGAAAAAGCUCGCGUUUCAAUUGAAAUGCUUGAAAUUGAAAAAUAAUAGUGAAAUAUUUGAAAAGGAACGAGAGAAUAUGAGGAAAAUGUUUAAAGAACGGAUGCCAAUUGAAAAUAAUUUUGCAUCAUAUUUUAAAGUAAUUCCAGAGAUAUGUGACACCUUCACAGACUAUCAAUGGAUACGAUUGUUAGUGGCACUCAAUUUUCAUGAGAAAAAUUGGCUCUCGUUUGUGGAAAAUAUUCAAGAUUUCGUUUUGAAAAGUUACAAGGUAGAAGAAUUUAUGCUCUUCAUGCUCAUGAAUGGAAACGAAAACGAGUACAAUCAUCUCAACAGAAGUGAUCAUGCUCACGAUCCAGCUAUGGAAUUGAUGAGAAGAAAACCGAGCACGAAAAGAGCCAAAUCGAUUCGUUCAAUAAGAGCAUUAAGGAACGAUGGCCUUUAUUGUCCGAUCUCGAAAAGCUAA